CAUUACCGGAAGUCUACUUUCAUUUUAGAUUGAUUUACCUGGUCCAUGUCUAUAAUGACAGGUAGUUGCUUGGUGGGAUCAUGGAAUCCGAAGUGUUUUCAAUCUCAAUAGGGCUUGUGUUAUGAUGUGAAAGGCGAACAAUGUCAAGCGCCAAAGUUGAGCCACUUACGUCCGCUAGUAAACCAUUUCAUAAGAUUAUAGCCCUACAUGGACUUAACUAUGAAACCCACUGGAUACGUGGCAACAUAAAAGAAAGGGAAUGUUCUGUGUUUGUGGAAAGCCAGCUCAAACAGUCUUCUCAAGGGGAGCGGGUGUGUCAGUGUGGCUUAGCAUAUGCAGAUCACGCCGAGGGAAUAACGGAAGCCGGACCUGACACACUUAAGUACAUACCCUUCGCGCACUCGAAAUCAACACCCACCAGAGCCUUUGGCGAUAUUGACUUUGUCGAAUAUGGGGGCCAUUUCAAAAAGUAUGUUCGGCUAGAUGUAGACACAUCUCCGAAAGAUGUCGUCUAUUUGUUGACAGAUGUGUGGGAACUCGGGAAGCCACGAGUACUCCUGUCGAUCGCGGGCGGAGCGAAAUUCUUCCGGUUGAGCAAACAUCUCAGGGAUGCCUUUUGUCAAGGCCUCAUGCGAUUUGUUCACACCACAGAUUCAUGGAUAUUUACUAGCGGCUUCCAAACUGGCGUUAAUCAGUACGUUGGGGAGGCGGUACGAGAUUAUGGGAUCAUGACAUCUCUGGAAAAAUCCUUAGUUACCGUUGGCAUCGCUCCCUGGGGAUGCAUACAAAGUGCGGACACACUGGUCAAUAAAAAGUCUACGAGUGGGUUGUAUCCAGCAAAGUACAGACAAGUAAAGUCAAGGAAGCGUGUACCUCUUGAUCCAAAUCAUACACACUUUCUUCUUGUUGAUGACGGGACAAAUUUGAAGUAUGGUGUCGACAUAGAAUUUCGUUCCAAGCUUGAGACAUUAAUUUCGGAAACAAAAACGGACGACUAUUGUAUGAAUGUUCAGAAUGUAACCAUCUUAAUGGAAGGAGGGCCACAAUCACUAAUGAGUAUGUUGUCUCAGUUAGAGUCUGGAAGACCGGUUGUAGUGGUCAAAGGGACGGGGAGAGCCACUGAUUUAGUGACAUAUGCAUACGAAAAUGCGACUGAGGACCACACCGACCCCAACAAGACUAUACGCUGCAUGGAUGAAAGUGUCGUAUCCACACUGAAAUCGAUGAUUGGUUAUGAGUACGGAGAAAAACAACUUGAACGAUCCUUCAACUGCAUCACAGAAUGCCUUGCUUACUUCAACCUUAUCACGAUCUUUGAUGUAGAGAAUGCAAAUGGACAUAGAGAAUUAGAUGUUGCAAUUGCUCACGCAAUUCUUAAAGCUCAACCGGAAGUUGUUACUCGGUUUAAAUUUGCCCUCAUCAUGGACAAAUUAGACUUGAUGGAAGAUGAUGUCUACAGCAGAGAGAACUGGCUUGAUAAUUGGGACCAGCUGGAUGAGGUGCUUUUGAUGGCCAUAGAAUUGAACAGAGUUGAAGCCGUGAAGCUGUUUCUUGACCGUGGUAUCAACAUGGGAGACCGGCUUACCAGGGAUAAACUUUUUAGGCUUUACAAAAAUAAACCAGAUGGUUUGCUGAAAACUAUGCUCACAAGUUGCAAAAAAGACGAUGGGCGAGAAGGUAUAUCCUUAGAUGAUGUCGAAAAGCUGAUACGGGAACUAUCAGGGGACAAAUUUGAUGUGCUGGGACCGUACUUAGACAACCCACCAAGACACAUGUUCGAAGGGGAAUGGGUUGAUGACUUCCUGCCAGUGGAAAACAAACCGUAUCUCCAUCUGUUUUUGUGGUCUGUUCUUCUUGAUAGGCAAGAACUUGCCAAACUGUUUUCGACAAACGAAGAGGGGCCAACGUUAUCGGCACUGGUCGCCCAGACGAUACUCCGGUCGAUGUUGGAACGCACAAGCGAUGGGCAGUUAAAGGCAACAAUUGCAAGGCAUAUCGAGGAGUGGUCACUGAUUGCAAACGGUGUCCUGAACCUUGCUUUCUCGUCCAACGUUGAGCGAACUCAAGGGGUGUUACUGGCUUACAACUACCUUUACGGUUUUGACAACUGCAUGUCUUACGCUUUGAGAAAAGAAAACAAGGAUUUUCUCGCUCAACCCGCAGCUCAGAUGGUUCUCAACGGGAUGUGGCGUGGGAAUAUCAAGAUCGACACACCGUUAUGGCUGAUAUUUCUCUGCGUUCUGUGCCCGUUUCUGAUGUUUCCACUGUUAACAUUCGACAAGGUUGUAAAUUAUCGCGAUAAACAAAGGAUGAACAUUCGGAAGAUACGUGAAAAAGAAGGAAGUUCAACAUUAAAAAGAAAGAAAGGUGUUUCACCCCUGGAAAAGAUUGAAAGCUUUUUUAGUUCUCCCGUGGUUAUAUUUCUUUACAAUGUGUUGUCGUAUAUAGCGUUUCUGUGCCUCUACGCAUACAUUCUUGUUGUUGACUUCAACGCUGACGUGUCAAAUGCCGAAAUUGUUUUGAUUGUGUGGGGUGUUUCGCUUUUAACAGAAGAAAUUCGACAGAUUUUGAUGAGACCUUCAUCGGCAUACUUAGAUAAAGUAAAGUCCCACUAUACAGACGUUUGGAAUGUGACAGACACCAUGGUGAUUGUCAUGUUCUUCAUUGGCGUAAUACUUCGGCUUGUUCCACGAAAUGAUGAUACGCUUGAUGCUGCCCGUGUUGUACUAGCAGUAACAUUUGUUGGUUUUUUUCUGCGACUUUUGCACAUUUGCUCGAUCCACAAGCAGCUUGGUCCGAAAAUGGUCAUGAUUGGAAAUAUGAUAGUUGAUUUGCUGUAUUUCCUGGUGAUUUUGAUGGUUUUCGUGAUAUCGUACGCGGUUGCUGCACAGUCGAUUCUUUACCCCAAUUCUCCAUUGUCUUGGCGUACUGCCCGACAACUUGUCAGUAAAUCCUACUGGAAUAUAUAUGGAGAGUUAGGAUUAGAAGAGUUUGAAGGCGAAGGUUGCACGGACGACAGGGCAGUGUGGAUAAACGGGAGCCAACCUCGUUGUCCCACCGACCUCGGAAAGAUUGUAGUUCCCAUUUUGUUAGGGAUCUACAUGAUCAUCGCAAACGUUCUUCUUCUGAACCUUCUAAUUGCCAUGUUUAGCUAUACCUUCUCGAAAGUGCAAGACAACACAGACAGACACUGGUGCUACCAACGGUGUUUACUUGUGGAAGAGUUCAGCAACAAACCCAUUUAUGUCCCUCCACUAAUUAUUCUGUCUCAUCUGAAGUUGCUGCUAAAAUACUUUCUGAGUGGGUGUUGUGAUGGUAGUUGCUUAUGGGGACCAUACACAAAUCGUUUUGAUUGGCCUGGACAUAGACCUUACUAUCGUGAUGUAUCAAGAUGGGAGUCAAUGAUUGCGGAGGCUUAUCAGCAACAGACACUGCAGCAAGAGGCGGAAAGUGCACAAGGCCGGGUGAAACAAACCAACACAACGCUAGAAGAGGUGUUGCACAGAUUAAAGGAGCUGAAACAAAAUUCACAAGCAGCAGAACAGAAAAUAAAGGACAUGGAACUAAAGAUGUCGUAUUUGGUAACUUCAGAUAAAUAUCAUGCAAUAGGGCAGGAUAGUUAUCAGAAAAAAAGAAAAUCGGACGCCGCUAUCACCAUUGGGAUACUAUCUUCCGAAAGACAAAAUGAAAAUGCAUGCGACCAACUUGCUGAAACAAGUAACACAUCGGAAACGAUUCCUGAUAAAUCAAACGCUGAUCGAACGGAAACUCGUGUGGUUGGGAUUGCAUCGUGUUACCCUGGCACAAGUAUCACUCGAUUUCCGGUACCAGAUGAGAAAAUCAAAUGGCAGGAACCCUUUGAAGAUUAUAAUCCUGAAACGUACAAUGCUGUGGACAGUUUGCCUGGAAGCGAUGCUGAACCAGAUCUGGAUAAGAUGCAACUGGAUGAACGAAGAAAGGCAUUGUCAUUCAAUGAGUAUGAUGCGAAGUUUGGUGUGAAUCGGACAAGUGCAGUUGGAUCAAUUGAAGUUCGAGAUGGCUUCCCAUUAAACCCUAUGGGUAGAACUGGUAUACGAGGGAGAGGAGUGUUCUCAAGAUGGGGGCCUAAUCACUUUUCCCGGUCUAUUGUUACAAGAUGGAAGCUGCUGGAUAAUGGCGCGACCGAAACAGUUAAUGGGAAACCUGUUCUUGAGGUCUUGGUUGUUUCAGGCUCCGGAAGGCACUGUUUACCUGAGACGGAUGCAUCUAACUUACCCGACAGUGAAGGCGGUCAUCUUCAGCUUGAAAUACCAGAUAGCUCACAAAAUGAUGUGUCACCGGGAAAGUCAUUGAAGAAGAAAUUGAAAAGGUUUCAAAAGAAAGGCGUAAAGUUGUACGAUGAUUAUCUUAAUGACGAGCGGAAUACAGAUAACGCAUGGGUUGAAAUUGUAACACAUCACUUCCAUGACGCCAGAGGGGAACUUGCAAAGUAUCUCGCAUUGAAGAACGAAGGCACCAAUGGUAGCUGUUGGCUGCCGAUCUCUCAGAAGACGCCUGUGAGUCUGUCAGAUCUGUUUUUUAUCCAUUUGGCAGCACAGAAAAUGGUGGCUUAUUUCCAGUAAAACUGAACAAAACGAACUAACGGAACUCAAUAAAGCAGCAUAGAGAGUAUGAGUGUAAUUCCGGUACAUAUAAAGAGAACAAAGUAUAAAAUUUAUCCCCCGACGAGAUUAAACGGCGUUUUCCCGGUAGAACAACGGAGGGAAACAACGCCACAUACAUGGGAGCACAAAUAAACAAAGAAAAUGGGGCCUAUUCCCAGUAGAAUAACGAAUGGAAACCACGCAACAUAUUUUGCAGCGCAGUUAAUAGUGGCGAAUUUCAGUAGAUACAUGAAUGGACAUGACGCGCGAUGUCCGACAGCAAUAUUUUUUUACCACGAUCAUCCGGAGGAACGUAACUGUUUAUAUACGAACAUCAUUAAGAAACGACUUACUCCGAGCAGAUAUACAAAUGAACACAUUAUCCUAGAUAAUGAGAGCCGUUUGAGACACUGUGCAUUUCUUUAUGGGACAAUCAUUUGUAACAUUUUUUUAUAAACAUGUUUACGUUAUGUAUAUUCUAGGUAUUCAACACGGGUAUUUGAUAUUUUAAAUGUAUGGUAAAUGUACUCAUCUUUCUUUUUUAUAUAGUGCUUAGUUCUCUGUAUUGACACAAUAUAAUACAAUGUAAAACUAUCUGAACACAGUCAUAUUUCGUUAAUAAUCGCAUAAAUGCAUUUAUGUAUUUCCUCUUUUCUUUAUUUUCGCAGCAUCAUAUUCUCGCAUCAACGUUUUGUAUUUUUAUUGCGUUUGCUCUCCAGUCACGUUUUUGUUUUCAUAUAAUAAUCAAUUACACCGAUAAAUAAUGUAUUUUAGUCUUUUGCAAAAGUAAUUUUGUGUAUUCGAUUGUACUAUUUUGAAACACGGCAAUGUUUUAAGUAAAUCCUCAUAUAAGGCAUUUGCGGGUCGUAUUGAUAUUAUCAAAAUGAGAUUAAAAAAUUGUAUCAAAAUGCAUCAUUUACAAAUAAUUAUUUACAACUUUUCAUUUUACGAAACUUCUUUUUUAGUUUUAUAGGCUUUAAUAAAAGUAAAAUAGUAUGAUAGUGGUUUUCUUUUUUAUGAGUAACAGGAUGUUUUUAUUAUCAUCAUCGAUUUUGAAUACCAGAACUAAUUUAACGUGCUCGAUGUACAUAAUUAGCUUUUAUACGGUUGCUGGGUUUGCGUAUGCAUGUUUUGCGUCAUGUUUAAUGAACUGUAUGAUAUAAAUCUGGGUGUAUCACAUACGUUAUUGAAUCGUUCUCUAAAUAAUGAAAACCUUAAAAAAACCCAGAUUUCAUCAUGCAUUUUUUCUACGGAAUUCAAUUAUCUUUAUUUAACUUAGACAAUGUUGUUUAAUUCUUGAGACCGACUUUAAACAUUACUUA